AUGUCAUCAAAAAGUUUAGAAGCAUCAUCAUCAACAUAUUUACGGUUAAAAAAUGAACGUGGUCAUUGGAAUGGUCAAACACAUAAUCCUGCUAUUGACAAUUUUGAUGGUGAACGUCAUCAAGCUAUGAAUGAAUUACAAAAACAUCUAGGACAACCAAAUACAUCUGCUGAUGAAAUUCAACGUUUAAUGGGUACACCAACUAAAACUCUUGAUAAACCUGAUUUAGUUCUUGACCAUGAAUUUCGACGUAUGAAUGAUAAUUAUACAUAUCCAAGCGAUGCAAAAAUUUGGAUAUAUGAAUGGCGUGGUAAUCAUGAUUAUGUAUAUUUUGUUAUAUCAAAAGAUAAUAAAGUUAUACAAUCCGAUUGGUAUUUUGCAUACGAAUAA